AUGGGCGCUGGGGGCGGCGGUGGCUGUCGAGUGCGGGCCCGCGACCAGGAACAGCUCCCCGGGCGGGCGCGCCGGCGUCGGACUUCCGAGGCGGCGGCUUCUGCCUCUGGUGCCGCCGCCGCCGGAGCUGCGGCUGCCGCGGAAGUUAAUUGGGGAAGGGGCCGGCGGGAGCUGCUCUCCGCUCGGCGGUCGCCGCGCCCGCAGUCUGGAGGCGCACCGGAGCGGCCGGGGCGCCCCCCGCGGGAGCCCAGAGCCCCCCGGAGCGCGCAUCCAGCCGUGGCUCCUUCGGCCGGGCACGCCGCGCCCGGGGGCUCAGCGGACCCCGCGUCGCCGCCGCUCCCGAGCUUGUGCGACGCGGGCUGGUCGGCGGGGCGGCGAGGGCCCGGCCCGCCUCCCCAGCGCCCGCCCCGGCUUCUCCCCCUGGCGGUGGAGCCUCAGCGGCCGCCGGCUACACUGAGCGCGCCGGAGCCCGAGCCGAGCCGAGCCCGAGCCGCCGCCGCCGCCGCCGCCGCCACUGCUGCGCGCCGCUCCCAGGCUCCCUCCCAGCGCGCCGGCCGGGGUGUGGGGGGCGGCGGGCCGGAGGGACGAGGGCGGGCGAGAGGCGCGCGCUGGGAUUGGCGCCGAAGACCGGACCCUCAGCCGCUAGGGGACAUUGCACGUGUCUGCUCUUGUAAGACUUUGGCUGCAGAACCCAAGUGUGAACCCUGCUCGGGGUCUGGAGAAGAUCAAAGGGGAGCCUGCAUGUGAGAUCUCUUUGGAAAUCCUGAAGCACUCUGUGAAUGAAAAGGCUCAUCCUCGUACAUUAAGGGUGAACAUUCAUGGCCCGACUUUACUCUCUGACAUUCUUUCCCAAAACGUAUACAUUUAUUCUAGUCAUGAGAAAACAUGAGACCAAACUGAGGGGCAUUCUACAAAACUUCUUCCUGGUUCCCUUCAAAACUGUAAGAUCGUGAAAGACAAGAAAAGACCAAGAAACAAUCAUAGCUUGGAGAAGGAGACUUGUGUACUAGAUUCAAUGUCGUAUCAUAGAUUGGACCCUGGAAAAGAAAGAAAAUUGGUAGAAAAACUGAGGAGAUCCAAAUAAGGUCUGAGUAUCGUACCAAUGUUGAUUUCUUAAUUUCAAUCAUUGUUUCAUUGUUAUGUAAAAUGUUAACAUCAUAUGAAGCUGGAUGAAGGGUAUAUGAGAACUCUAUAUUAUAUGUGCAGCUCUUCUGUAAAUAUACAGUUAUUUCUAAAUAAAGCUAAUGAUGGGAAAAAAUCAUGACCUGGGUAAUAGAUACCUUUUCUAUCCUAUGGAAAAAACCCUACUAUGUGCAUCCACCUGCUUUGUGACAUGCAAAAGGGGGGGGAAAUGGGGAUGGUAAAAAAUCUUUUUCUAGAUAAAGAUAAAAGCUUUACUUUCAAGUGUUUUUUCUUUUGCAGAAUAAAAAAAAUUAUUUUGGAUGUUGUAA